AUGGAGUUCCUGCCUGCCCUCCAGCACGGCAUAGACGACCUCAAGCCCUCCCUCUUCGAACUCCUUUCCGAACAACAGCUCGCAUCGCUCCUGCCCCCAUCGCUCCGCUAUCUCCUGGCCGUCUCCACACAUCGGUACCCACGAUACCUGCUCCCCAUCCUCAAUUCAUUCGAUGAGGUGUACGCGCUGCUUAUGCUGCUCGUCGAGCGCCACUUUUUGCGCACAUACGGGGGCUCCUUUACCGAGAACUUCUACGGCCUCAAGCGCGCUCGCGUGCUAAAAGUAAAAGGCGGCGAGAUUCCCCGCGCACAGCUCGGUGCAAGCGACAGCGUCCGAGAGGCGGUCAAACUAGGCAGUGGCGAUGUGUGGAAGAAUCUGGCGGUACUGGUGGGCCUGCCGUGGUUGAAGAGGAAGUUUGACGAGGGCUACGACGUGCACGCCGCCCAUGCCAACCUUCUCGGCCCAGGCUACAACCGCGAUAGAGAGGGCUUGAGGGCGGGAGCGAGCAUCAAAGAGAGGCUGAUGUACUACUACAAGUGGUUUCUGCGGAAUAUCUACCCCAGCAUAAAUGCGGCCUACUACUUUUCCCUGCUGGUCUUCAACAUGGCCUAUCUGUUCGAUGGGACCAAGUACCACUCGCCCUUUAUGUGGCUAAUCGGGUCGAGGAUAAGGAGGUUGGGCGAGGUGGAUCACAGGGCGAUUGAGAUUGCAACGGCGCCUAGGAAAGUUGGACCAGCACGGCCUGGAGAGGGAGGGUCUAUCUUCUCCCCAAGGAAUAUUGCACGAAGUGUUCAGCCGCGUUUGCUCAGUUCGCUCAAGAUUCUUCUACCAACCAGCAUCUUCGCGCUCAAGUUCCUGGAGUGGUGGCAUGCCUCAGAUUUCGCCCGACAAUUGUCGAGGAAAGCAGCCGAGAACAUUGAACUACCGCCACCGAUACUGCCUUCGCUUCCGCCAUCUGCGAAACAACUGGCAGCAAAACAAGCUCAUGCAUCUGAGAAAGGACGACCUACAUCAUCGUCAUCCAAUAAGUCUCAGUCCGCGAAUCCCCCAAUAUCCUCGAAAACACUCCUUCCCAUCCUGACCGUAACCCAACCAUCAUCAUCCACGCUCUGCCCCAUCUGUGUAACGCCCAUCAUAACUCCAACAGCGUCGCCAACGGGCUUCGUAUAUUGCUACACGUGUAUACAUCGAUGGGUGGAAGGCGAGCAUGACCGCCAGGUUGCCUUCAUGGAGGGCACUGCUGGACUUAGGUCUGGAGACGGAGAAGCAGAAGAUGAGGGUUGGGGCAGAGAAGAGGGCAGUCGAGAGGGAAGAUGGGAAAGCGGAAAGGGCAGGGAUCCCGUGACCGGAAGGAGAGUGCUUGGCGGAACAGAGGCUUUGAGAAGGGUGGUUGUCUAG